AGAAUUGAAAAAAGUAGUUGACAACAUUGACUCGAUGAAAAAUAAAGAAUUAAUAUUUACCAAUGGAAUUCUUGAUGUUAAUACUAUCGUUAAUUUUCUUCAUCUUGAUUAUUUUAAAGCAACAUCAAGUGAAUGCAAUUUAGAAUCAGCAUUACUUGCAGUAUUGAUUGUUACAAUUUUUGGUAUAAGAACAAAUAUAUUAGGUGAAAAAAUGGCAUUAAAAGAUUUGAUCAAGAGUAAAGAUAAAAAAAUAUUAAUUUUGGGAGAAUUAAUAUUGCGAUAUAUGAUGAUUUCUUAUUUCAAUAGUCAAUCGUUUAUAAAAUCAUCCAGUGGUUGUACUGUGACGUUGUCAACUGACCUGAUACCAUUUUGUAAUACUAAGAUAUUAACACUGAGCUGUGAUCCAAAUAUCAAGUGGAGUCACGUAGGUUCAUCUGUUGGAUUUUACGCUUGCAAACCAAUCAAGCAAGGACAACCGCUACUUUUGAGUACUGCAGGUUCAUAUCAUACGACUUCAAAAAUCGACCGAUAUGAUUGCUUAAAACGUUAUACUGAUGAUUAUCAACCAUGUAGAUGUACAGCAUGUGUUGAAAAUUGGUCAACUCUUUAUUCUCUUCCCUCAUACAAGAGUAUGACAUUGGCAAUACCGAAAAGAAUACAAAGAGAAUUUGAUCGUAUAAUGCUAAAAUUCAAAGAGCGGCUAGAGCUCAUUCGCCAAGGAAAUACCAAACAAUUAUUAACAAUUAAGGAUGAGUUGAAUAGGAUGAAUGAUAAGUUUCAUCACUACAUGACUGUUCCCUGUCGGGAAAUAUCAUUAUUGCAUUUUUCACUCAGCGCGACGUACAGUCGACUAGAUACUAUUAAUCAUACGUACCAGUAA